AUGUCUACCAAUCCAGUUAAAAGGAAACUAGUUAUUAUUGGUGACGGAGCAUGUGGGAAAACAUCUUUGUUAUAUGUUUUCACUUUGGGACAGUUUCCAGAAGAAUAUCAUCCAACUGUCUUCGAGAAUUAUGUAACCGACUGUCGAGUGGACGGUAUCAAAGUUCAACUAACACUAUGGGACACAGCUGGCCAAGAGGAAUAUGAAAGACUAAGGCCCUUCUCGUAUUCAAAGGCCGAUAUAAUUCUCAUUGGUUUUGCAAUCGACGACCCGGAAUCAUUGGUGAAUGCAAGAAAUAAAUGGUCAGAAGAAGUUCUCAGAUAUUGCCCUGAAGCUCCAGUAGUACUAGUUGGGUUGAAGAAAGACUUAAGAUCACCGGAUAAUGAACAUCAGAUGGUAACACGGGAGCAAGCGGAGCAAGUUGCCAGGGCCAUUGGUGCUAAAAAAUAUAUGGAAUGCAGUGCAUUGACAGGAGAAAACGUUGAUGAUGUUUUCGAAGUAGCCACAAGGACAAGUCUCUUGGUAAAUAAACAACCAGGUCACGGGUGCUGCGUAAUAUGUUGA